CCCGGGUCUGCCGGCGCCUUUCCCUGCCGGCGCCUUUCCCCGCGCCCGCUUCCUCGCUCCGGCCGUGGCGAGGGGACCGCUGGGGGCGGGGGGCGCGGGAGGCGCCAGGCGGGAGGGCCGGGCUGCGGGGAGGCCGCGGCCGGCGAGGGUGGGCCGCGCCCGCGCGAGCGGCCCGGUGACCUACGGGUCUCGCCGGCGCUAAACCGUUCCGAUGCUGCGGUGUGCGUGCUCGUCAGCAGAGCACGUACUGGGCGCGCACUGGUGUGCGACCAUUAGCCGCGGGGAUGUGUUUGUGAAAAUCCUAGAUUUCCAGAAUGAAUAAAGAUGCCCAGAUGAGAGCCACCAUUAACCAAAAGCUAAUAGAAACGGGAGAGCGAGAACGCCUUAAAGAGUUGCUGAGAGCCAAAUUAAUUGAAUGCGGCUGGAAGGAUCAGUUGAAGGCACAUUGCAAAGAUGUCAUUAAAGAAAAAGGAUUAGAGCACGUUACUGUUGAUGAUUUGGUUGCAGAAAUCACUCCCAAAGGCAGAGCCUUGGUACCAGACAGUGUAAAGAAAGAACUCUUGCAAAGAAUAAGAACCUUCCUUGCCCAGCAUGCCAGUCUUUAACUUUGACAUUCGUCUGGGAUAGUGUUUCUGUAUUAUGUCAAUCAUGUCAGGAUUGGAAUGCAGUUUACAUACUUAAGGAAGGAAAAAUCUUUUUUUUUUUUUUUGUAUGAUGAGUUGAAGUUUCUUUGCACUGCAUCAAUUUCUUAAAUUUGGUGUUAUUUUAAUAAAAAAUUUUGUGGA